CCCGCUGCUCCCCCUCAAUUCACUCUUCUCCCUCAUUCCUCUCUUUCUCUCUCAGAUAGACACCGGAACCUCAUUUACAAUGACAUCGCCCACCGUCAAGCUCAACAGCGGCCACGAGAUGCCCCUCGUGGGCUUUGGUCUGUGGAAGGUGAACAACGACACCUGCGCGGACCAAGUCUACCACGCGAUCAAGGAGGGAUACCGUCUCUUCGACGGCGCCUGCGACUACGGCAACGAGACGGAAGCAGGUCAGGGCGUGGCGCGGGCGAUCGCCGACGGCCUCGUCAAGCGCGAGGACCUCUUCAUCGUGUCGAAGCUGUGGAACAGCUUCCACGACCCGGAGCGCGUGGAGCCGAUCGCGCGCAAGCAGCUGGCCGACUGGGGGCUGGACUACUUUGACCUGUACAUCGUGCACUUCCCCAUCGCGCUCAAGUACGUCGACCCGGCGGUGCGGUACCCGCCAGGCUGGGACUCCGAGAACGGCAAGCUGGAGCUCAGCAACGCGCCGAUCCACGAGACGUGGAAGGCGAUGGAGACGCUGGUGGACGGCGGGCUGGCCAAGAGCAUCGGUAUCAGCAACUUCAGCGCCCAGCUGGUCAUGGACCUGCUGCGCUACGCCCGCGUCCGCCCCGCCACCCUGCAGAUCGAGCACCACCCGUACCUGACGCAGACGCGGCUGGUCGAGUACGCCCAGAAGGAGGGUCUGGUUGUCACCGCGUACAGCUCGUUCGGACCCCUCAGCUUCCUGGAGCUCGACGUCAAGGACGCCGUCAACACCUCGCCGCUCUUCGAGCACAACACCAUCAAGCAGAUCGCCGACAAGCACGGCCGCACCCCCGCCCAGGUCCUCCUGCGCUGGGCCACCCAGCGCGACAUCGCCGUCAUCCCCAAGAGCAACGACCCCAAGCGCCUGCAGCAGAACCUCGAUGUCACCGGCUGGAACCUCGAGAAUGCCGACAUCGAGGCUAUCAGUGCUUUGGACCGUGGCCUGCGCUUCAAUGAUCCCUUGGGAUACGGGAUCUAUGUUCCGAUCUUCUAGUUAUGAGAAAUGAUGUAUGAAUGAAAGAACCCGUUUUCCAUCUUCAAGUGUACACCUCUUGUAUGUAGUUUAGCGUCACUACAUGUACGCAAUGGCUAGUCUACGUUUGACCCACAUUCACCGAAC